AUGUACUACUGCUCCGUCGGUGCGACCAAAGCGGUGGGCAGAGAUGUCGUGGAGGCCCACUACAAGGCGUGCCUGUACGCUGGCGUGAAGCUGGGCGGGGUCAACUCGGAGGUGGCCCCAGCGCAGUGGGAGUUCCAGGUGGGCCCCUGCACUGGCAUUGACGCAGCGGACGACUUGUGGAUGGCGCGCUACAUCUUGCAGCGCCUCUGCGAGCUCUUCCACAUAGGUGUCACGUUCGACCCGAAGCCCGUACCCGGUUGGCCUGGUAUCGGUUGCCACACGAAUUAUUCCACUAAGGCGACGAGAGCGCUUGAUGGUUUGCAGGUUAUGGAGCAGCACAUGGAAUUGCUUCAGAGACGGCACUUCGACCACAUGGCCGUGUAUGGGAGAGGCAACCGGAGACGCCUCCAGGGCGAGGACAGCACCGCCAAGAUAGGCGAGUUCACCUGGGGCAUCGGCGACCGCAGCAGCAGCGUCCGCAUCGGUGCCCGCGUCGCUGCUCGCGGCUGCGGAUACUACGAGGACCGCCGGCCGGCCUCGAACAUGGAUCCGUACGAGGUGACCCGGCUACUUGUGGAGACCACGCUGCUGAGUGCGAAGCCUGUCCGCUUCGCGAUGCCCUCGAAGUCGUUCUCUGCGGGCUGCUCCCCCAGCGGCCCGGAGGAGCCGACGCCCGAGGGCGGCGAGGCGGGGACCGCCUGCGCGUCGUGCGCCGACGGAAUGGCAGACAUCGCGGCCGCGCCCGACGGUUGCGAGCAAGUGCUCCCCUACAGCAUGGCGGAAGGCCGAGAGGCGUGGGCCUGA